AUGGCGGAAGACCUAUUCACUGAUGGCGAUGCUUCACUUCCUCAGACGACUGAUCCAUGGGCCGAUAACUCACUGUAUGCCCCCGCUCUGGGUAAUCUAGGUUAUUCCCCUGGAUCCUCGUUUAGUCCCUCGCCGUAUCGUAUCUUGCCGCAGGAACCGUCAGAUCGUCUCGGAUUUCUCCCAUUGGAUGAAUGGGAUGAAAGUGGAGAGUAUGAUGUGCAGUCACCCCAAUAUGUUAGUUAUACAAUUGAAUGGAAGCUUUCGCUUAACCACAAGAAGGUAGGUGGUGAAACGGCAAAGGAUUUGAUUAUAGCUCCCAGUGAUUACUGGGUGAAGUCUUUGAAAAAAGCUGUUGAAGAUAUGCUACAAACAACACAGAAGCGAGGCCAGCGAGUUCGACCCGUGGAGGCGCAAUUAUGCAAAUGGAGCAAUCUACUUCAUAUCGGCAAGAAGCUUACAGUUAGUAUCAAUUUUAAGUACCAGCGAGAUACCAAUAAUCAUGAUCCUGUGUUGCGAACCAGGAAGGACAAGAAAAGAGGCCGAGUGACAGCGACUACAACUAUGCUUGCUGAACGUGAAGAAGAUAUCGCUGCGGAAGAAGUGUCUGGGGCGACCUUGCAGCUGGAAUCUAGUGUAUGA